UUUCUUUCUGGCCUUCCUCUUCUUUCUUGUUUCAGACAUUAGACCGACUGCCAAGAGGAACGAGGACAAAAACAAAGAGAUGCUGGGAACUUCCGUCCGUGCACUCCGCAGGCUUUGCUCUUCAUCUUCUGUUUCCUCUAUUAACUUAAUAAAAGAUUAUACUAGUAAGGUAACGGCAACGGCAAGAGGGACUAGUAUCUGUACUUGUACCAUAGGCGCAGCUAAGGUUGAAGAUGUUGCUGCUUCUUCUUCUUCUUGUUCCUUCGAGCCACUUAACUCUGAAGCUUACAAUGAGAAUGGGCCGUGCCCAUGCCCUUCAGUAGCUGCAGUGCACGUGCAUCUCCUCGGGAACAACAACAAACUUAGACGACGGCGUUUAGGUGAUCGGAGGAACAAUAAGAGGAGCACGACGGAUAAGGAUGCAAUAGAGCUGGCGUUGGACUCAGUGGUGAAGAUCUUCACUGUGUCGAGCAGCCCUAACUACUUCCUUCCUUGGCAGAACAAGUCCCAGCGAGAAUCCAUGGGCUCCGGGUUUGUAAUCCCUGGGAAGAAAAUUCUGACAAAUGCUCAUGUAGUGGCUGAUCAUACCUUUGUACUUGUAAGAAAGCAUGGCUCUCCUGCGAAGUAUAGAGCGCAAGUUAAAGCUGUUGGUCAUGAAUGUGAUUUAGCCAUUUUAAGUGUUGAAAGUGAAGAGUUCUGGAAUGGUGUGAAUUCCCUCGAGUUAGGAGACAUUCCUUUUCUGCAAGAAGCUGUUGCUGUUGUUGGAUAUCCUCAAGGUGGUGACAACAUUUCUGUUACUAAAGGUGUUGUUUCUAGGGUCGAACCCACACAAUAUGUGCAUGGUGCAACCCAGCUUAUGGCAAUACAGAUUGAUGCAGCAAUAAAUCCAGGGAAUAGUGGUGGUCCAGCAAUUAUGGGCAAUAAAGUUGCUGGUGUAGCUUUUCAAAACCUUUCUGGUGCAGAAAAUAUUGGUUAUAUAAUUCCUGUUCCAGUAAUAAAGCAUUUUAUUGCUGGAGUGGAAGAAAGUGGAAAAUAUGUCGGAUUCUGCUCUCUGGGUUUGUCAUGCCAGCCCAUUGAAAAUGUUCAACUGAGGAACCACUUUCGGAUGCACCCUGAAAUGACUGGGGUAUUAGUGAGCAAAAUUAACCCUCUUUCAGAUUCCUAUAAAGUCUUGAAGAAAGAUGAUAUUAUCCUUGCUUUUGAUGGAGUGCCUAUAGCAAAUGAUGGAACAGUUCCUUUCCGAAACAGAGAGCGGAUAACAUUUGACCAUUUGGUUUCUAUGAAGAAACCCAACGAAACAGCGGUAGUUAGAGUUUUGAGGGACGGUGAAGAGUAUGAAUUCAAUAUCACCCUUCGACCUUUGCAGCCAUUAGUUCCAGUUCAUCAGUUCGAUAAACUCCCUAGUUAUUAUAUUUUUGCUGGUUUGGUCUUUGUUCCACUCACUCAGCCGUACCUUCAUGAGUAUGGAGAAGACUGGUAUAAUACUUCACCUCGACGAUUGUGUGAAAGUGCAUUAAGGGAACCCCCAAAAAGGGCUGGUGAACAGCUCAUCAUCCUUUCUCAGGUCCUGAUGGAUGAUAUCAAUGCAGGAUAUGAACGUCUUGCAGAGUUACAGGUUAAGAAGGUUAAUGGGAUAGAAGUUGAGAACUUGAAACAUUUAUGCCAACUUGUUGAAAACUGUAGCAAAGAGAGUGUGCGCUUUGAUUUGGAUGAUGAUAGGGUUAUUGUGUUGAACCAUAGUUUAGCAAAAGUUGCAACUUCAAAAAUUUUGAAGUGCCACCGAAUACCAUCUGCAAUGUCGAAUGAUCUUAUUGAUAAACAAAGCAACUUGCAAACUCAAUACCUUGCUCAAGAGUUGACUUGCUGAAAGUGUGACUUGCCUAAUACCUUUCUGACAAAUAGAAUGGCAUGAACAUUAAGCUGUAAUUCUCAAGCCGGAUCUUCCUCACAAUAACUUCUUAACAAGGAGAUUAAGAAGGUUGGAAGUGGGUUCAUUUUUUUGUAUUUUUGUAAUUCUCAAGCCUGAUAAUGUGCUGUUUGGCUUUCGUUUCAUUCAACAUACUAAAUAUGCAGAGUCUUAUUGUAUAAAUAAAUGCUCUUUAGGGUG